UUUUUUCUGUCAAAAGAUGGCGUUAUGCCUAGUAGAGUUGGCAGUUUUACUUUGAAGUUAUUAAAAUUUGCAGGUUUAGCAGUCGUUUCAAUAUUAAGAAAAUGCUUUGUGACACUAAUCCAGAUGUGGGAAAGUAAUCUUAUCAAGAAUUUUCUCACCUACGUUUCCAGGUAUAGGAAAAUUGCUCUUAUAGUUAUUGUAGUGCUGUCCCUUUUUCUAUAUCUUUGGCCGUAUUGGUUAAAGUCUUAUUCACGGAAGUACGUCGAUCCAAUCCUACUUUGCGAGGAGAGAUCCCUCCAUCCUUAUUUAAGAGCAUUGAGCAGCCACGAUGCACUAGUUGAGCAUGAACCUUCUGUUGCCGAAGACAAAACAUUCCUGCCUUAUGUUGGAAACGGCUACUUCGGUUUAUCCGUCCUUCACGAUAGUAGAGUUUAUAUACAAAAUGAUCGUACACUGUCUGAAGGUCUAGGUAUUUCUCCCAUAAUAUCUGCUCAAGCAAAGGGAUAUAUAUCUAGGGCAGUAGUUGUUUUGGACUUGUUAAAUGGUAUAGUCGAAAGGACGCAAUGCUUUCAGCUUGGAUCUGUGUGCGUUGGUAUUACAACAAAGAUUUACGCUCAUCGAACAAAGCCAUCUCUAUUAAUUCAAGAUAUUCGAAUUAGCAAUCCUACUGCAGAACCAGUAACCUUAGAUAUAGAAUUAACGGGAUUUGGAGAUGGUUUUACAAUUCGAAAGAAAAAAGAAGACAUGGCUUUAGGCCGUACGAUUGUCAAAGAUAAAAAGAUUGGAGUAGCAAUUAUGAAUAUACCGGAGAGUUUAACAAUAAAAUCAGGAGGAGCUUUAUCUUUUCAUCAUAUUACAUCAAUAGUCGUUGUAGCCAAAGAUACUCCUGAUAAAAUGGUUUUAGAAAAAGCUGAAAAAGAUUUGGUGGAUGCUCAGAAAACGAAAGAUCUUGAAAUGCAACACAAAUCAGUAUGGCGACAUUUAUGGACUCAUGGUUUCUCCAUUAGUGAUUCAAAAGCAAGUGGAGCUCUGAACGGUGACCGUAUAAAUUUAACUCUGUACUACGUUCUUAGCAAUACGCCAGCUCUGUUACACGAACCAAUUGAUAAAGCUGAAGUAACGAAACUCCGUACUUAUUUAGCAUAUCCUGAUAGAUGCUACGAGGGUCAUCACACUCUACAGAAUGACGUUUUGUGGAAAACUGUGGAAAGUGACAACGAUGUUCAAUCGUUGGCUAGCACCUGGUUGUUGACACUAGAUAAGCUUGGUUGCUCUCAGAUGAUGAAGGCAGGAGCGGAUGGAAUAAUGCAAGCUAUGGUGCUAUCCUGUGGGGCUUUGAAAUUUAAAAAUUUUCAUCUUGAGUUGUCCAUGCAACAUUCCGAUCUCGAUAGAGUGAUGCACUGGAGACGUGUACAUUAUGGUAAUAAUACGCACGUUAAUAUCACUGUUCUAGUUCGAGAUGACAAUAGACCUCAAAUAAUAGUAUCUCUCGAUAGGAAUGAUAAGCCAUAUUAUGCUUGUUCAGCUGGUUGUACAGAUCUUUAUUCGCUAUCGGAAACACCUCAAAUUCUACCAGUUAAAAUUACAAAACCAUUAACAGCUCUUUUAUAUAUAACAUCCGAUAAAAAGCAUAUGCAAGAGCUACGAAAAACUAUACACUUUAAAGAAAUAAAAGAUGCUCCGGCGCAUUCUCAAGGUAUUUUAGCAGUACACAAGCACGGUACUCACUACGGAGGUUUACCGGCUCUCUUUUGGAUAUCUAUUGCAUCCUUAAUAGCAAUAUUUCACUUAUUCCUAUUGAAAAUUGUGUUGAAUGAAUAUUGUAUGACUGAUAAUUUAGCUAAAGAGCAGAGGUAUCCGCGUCCCAGGUAUACCGUAUAA